GCCACGGGCUUGGCUUGGGUACUUCCCGUUGGCAGAGCCGCAGCAGGAGCCAACCCAGGAUAAAGGGAGAUCGUCCACGCCUGAAGAAGAGAGUGGAGAGAGAAGGGGAGAAACCCAGAGGCCGCUGUCACCAUGGAAAUCGUCUACGUGUACCUUAAGAAGCGCAGCGAGUUUGGAAAGCAGUGCAACUUCUCAGACCGCCCAGCUGACCUGAACGUCGACAUCCUGCCCAACCCCAAGCUGGCCGCACAGUUCGUGGAGCGGAACCCGGUGGACAUGGGCAUCCAGUGCUCAGUGAGCAUGUCGGAGCAUGAGGCCAACACCGAGCGGUUCGAGAUGGAGACCCGGGGUGUGAACCACAUAGAGGGGGGCUGGCCCAAAGACGUGAACCCCCUGGAGCUGGAGCAGACAAUCCGCUUCCGGAAGAAAGUGGAAAAGGACGAGAACUACAUCAACACCAUCACGCAACUUGGCGUGAUCAUGGAGCACUGCAUCAAGCAGAACAAUGCCAUCGACAUCUAUGAGGAGUAUUUCGACGAUGAGGAAGAAGUGGAGGUGACCGAAGAGGCCUCUUCCGCUAAAACCAUCAAUGUUUUCAGGGAUCCCCAAGAGAUCAAACGGACGGCCACUCACCUCUCCUGGCACCCUGAUGGCAACCGGAAGUUGGCAGUGGCAUAUUCUUGCUUGGAUUUUCAGCGGGCACCUAUGGGCAUGAGCCAUGAUUCGUAUGUCUGGGACCUGGAAAACCCCAAUAGGCCUGAAAUGGCCCUGAAGCCAUCUUCUCCACUGGUGACCGUGGAGUAUAACCCCAAAGAUUCGCACGUGAUCCUGGGGGGCUGCUACAAUGGGCAGAUAGCCUGCUGGGACACCCGGAAGGGCAGCCUGGUAGCAGAGCUCUCCACCAUCGAGUUCAGCCAUCGGGACCCUGUGUACGGCUCUAUCUGGCUGCAGUCAAAGACGGGCACCGAGUGCUUCUCAGCCUCCACCGAUGGGCAGGUCAUGUGGUGGGACAUCCGCAAGAUAAGUGAGCCCACCGAGGUGGUUAUCCUGGACAUCACCAAGAAGGAGCAGCUGGAAAAUGCCCUGGGGGCCAUCUCCCUGGAGUUUGAGUCUACCUUGCCAACGAAGUUCAUGGUGGGCACCGAGCAGGGCAUCGUCAUCUCCUGCAACCGCAAGGCCAAGACGCCGGCUGAGAAGAUUGUGUGCACAUUCUCGGGCCAUCACGGCCCCAUCUACGCCCUCCAGAGAAACCCGUUCUACCCAAAGAACUUCCUGACAGUUGGGGACUGGACAGCCCGCAUCUGGUCUGAAGACAGCCGGGAGUCAUCUAUCAUGUGGACCAAGUACCACAUGGCUUAUCUCACGGAUGGUGCCUGGAGCCCCGUGAGGCCAGCGGUGUUCUUCACCACCAAGAUGGAUGGGACUCUGGACAUCUGGGACGUUAUGUUCAAGCAUUCUGACCCUGCCCUCAGCCUGAAGGUGUGUGACGAGGCCCUCUUCUGCCUCCGGGUGCAGGACAACGGCUGUCUCAUUGCUUGUGGUUCCCAGCGGGGGACAACUACCUUGCUGGAAGUGUCCAGUGGGCUCUCCACCCUCCAGAGGAAUGAGAAGAACAUAGCUUCUUCCAUAUUUGAGCGGGAGACCCGGCGGGAGAAGAUCCUGGAGGCCAGGCAGAAGGAGAUGAGGCUGAAGGAGAAAGGCAAGGCGGAGGGCAAGGACGAGGACCAGAGGGAUGAGGAGCUGGCCACGAACCUGGAGGAGAUGGUGGCCAAGGCUGAGAAGGAGUUCUUCGACAUCAUCUUCGCGGAGCUGAAGAAGGAGGAGGCGGAGGCCUUGGAGAAGAAGGCAAAAGCUCCAAAGAAACUAAGUUUGGAGGCUGAUGAGGAGGAAGAGGAAGGAGAGGAGGCCGGGGAAGAAGAAGGCAGUGAUGAAGAGAAGUCAGCCUAGGCUGGCCCUGGCUGCAGCUCUGUCCCUGUGUCCCUCCUGUGCCUUCCUGGUACUGCCCUGGUCUUACCUUACAAGUGGGGAGCUGAGCUUUCCCUCAAAACAUGACAGGGGGGCACAUGGGGCACCCCCACCCUGCAAGUCACUGACCCACACCAGAGCCCGGUCCUGUGCAGCCCCUCACAGAAAAGAAAGUGGCAGGGCUGACCCCUGCGUUGGUCCCACAAGGAGUCUACUCCACAGGGGCCCUGCAGCUUUCCAUUCGGAUCCUGGCUGUCUCCGUGGCUUCCACUGCUCCUGGGCUUCCAGCCAGGUCUUUCCUCGGGAAGCUCACAACCUCAGCCCAGGCUUGCCAGGCCAGCCAGUCCCCAGGAAGCCCUACAGAGGGGAAAAGGCAUUUUCUCCUCCUUUCGCACCCUCCUCGUCCACCUACAGAUCAGGAACAGCUAGCGUCUGAGUGCUUUCUACGCAACCGCAUCAGAGACCUCAGAGGCUUUGCAUGCCCCCUGCCCUGAGAGCCUGGGCGGGGAGAGCCGGCACCUGCAUACUUCCUGGUUUCUUCUUCUGGUGCCAUUAAAUUAAUAGCAAUGACGCUAGUGUUUGCUACGCAUGCUCUGCCAAGAGCUUCUCGUGUUAUCUCUUUGGCGUCACUCCUUCCCCAAGUUGCUGGAAGCUUCGUGUUCUGACUGACCUUAUGUGGCAGAGGAGGACAUAGCAGUCCAAGAGGGUGGUAAGGGGCAGACCAGGGGUGGGAGCCCGCAUAGCUCACUUCCUGUCCUGCACAGCAGUCAAUCUUGUGCAGCCCCUGGGAGAGUGGGAGCUGCCCAGAAGCCCUGGGGCUCCCAGGUGGACAGAGGGCUGGGCUGCCGCUGCAUGAAGUGCCUCGAAGCCAUAGCUCAACAGAGCAGUUCAUAGGCUUGAGGGCACCCUGGUACAAGCAGCAAUCACAGGUCACAUUUAUUGGCUGGCACAGAGUCCAGGGAUGAUCUCCCCAUCUUCAGGGCAUAUGUCAUAGAUGUGGCAGAUGACAGGACACAGAUUCCCUGAGAGUGGUGAUUUUGAUCCCAGUGGGAUCAUUAGGAACAUUUUGGGUUGACAAAGCUGGUAAGGGGGCUGCUUCUGGUAUCUGGUAUGCAGAGGCCAAGGACACUGCUCUGCGUCCUCUGAUGCACUGGACAGUCCCCACCUUCCAGAAUGGUCCUGCCUGGAAUGUUGGUAGAGUCACAGUGGGAAGCCCCAACUGGAGAGAAAUUCUGUCCAAGCCAAGUGAUCCAAGAGGAAGUGCAAGCUCUGUGUUGAUGCGACAUGCUGACAGUCCUGUGAGGGUGGGUGGGCCGCACCUACUCUAAGGCUGGAGUGCAUUCUUGUGCUAUUCUCAGAUUUAGACCUUUGUUCCUGCAAAAGGGGGCUAUCUGCUGGAGCCUGUGCACAGAGAGUGCCGCUGCACCGGGAUGGAGUUGGAGAACAGGCUGUAGCCAAGAGGAGAGGGCAGACAGCAGCCAUCAGAGGAGGCAUGACUGCAGCCCUUGCCCGCCCUGCAGCCAUGACUCCUACCAGCCCUACCCACCAACCUCAUCAGACACCUGGUGCUUACUCCUGUCCAAAAGGGAGCAAGACAAAAGCACAGUGCCUCCGUGAAGAACCAGAAGCAUCUGGAAAACCCCACAGCUGUGGGUGUGGAAUGUGCGCUGGGGAAUGCCAACAUGGGCCGGGCAGGAGGACACAUCGAGCAGUGUUGGGAAAUGGCAGAAGUGGCCCAGACUCAUGUCCAGAGCCCGCGUCUGUCCUUCCCACACAUGUGCACCCGUGAGGAGAGAGCGCCCCUUCUUUGAUAUUUUCUCUUCAGCCAAGCUGGUUGUGGCCCCUGGGAGAGUCACUGCCACCUUCCCUUCUGUGCGGUAGUGGG